AGGAGGCGUAGGGAGAGUCUUUUCAGCGCUGAGGACUGGCGCUGAGGAGGCGGCGGUGGCUCCCGGGGCGUUUGAGCGGGCUCAUCCGAGCCCGCGGGCCAACGCGGAUCCAGGCCCGACCGGCGGGACUGCCCCGGACUCGCCGCGGGCCUUCCUAGCCGCCAUGGAAGACGGUGUCUAUGAACCCCCAGACCUGACUCCGGAGGAGCGGAUGGAGCUAGAGAACAUCAGACGGCGGAAGCAGGAGCUGCUGGUGGAGAUCCAGCGCCUCCGGGAGGAGCUCAGUGAAGCCAUGAGCGAGGUGGAGGGUCUGGAGGCCAAUGAGGGCAGUAAGACCUUGCAGCGGAAUCGGAAGAUGGCAAUGGGCAGAAAGAAGUUCAACAUGGACCCCAAGAAGGGGAUCCAGUUCUUGGUAGAGAAUGAACUUCUGCAGAACACACCUGAGGAAAUUGCUCGAUUCCUGUACAAGGGUGAGGGCCUGAACAAGACAGCCAUCGGGGACUACCUGGGAGAGAGGGAAGAGCUGAACUUGGCAGUGCUUCAUGCCUUUGUGGAUCUGCAUGAGUUCACAGACCUCAACCUGGUGCAGGCCCUCAGGCAGUUCCUUUGGAGCUUCCGCCUCCCGGGAGAGGCUCAGAAGAUUGACCGGAUGAUGGAAGCCUUUGCCCAGCGAUACUGCCUGUGCAACCCUGGGGUUUUCCAGUCCACUGACACGUGCUAUGUGCUGUCCUUCGCUGUGAUCAUGCUGAAUACAAGCCUCCACAACCCCAACGUCCGUGAUAAGCCAGGCCUGGAGCGCUUUGUGGCCAUGAACCGGGGCAUCAACGAGGGUGGAGACCUGCCCGAAGAGCUGCUCAGGAAUCUCUAUGACAGCAUCCGGAAUGAGCCCUUCAAGAUUCCAGAGGAUGACGGGAAUGAUUUGACCCACACCUUCUUCAACCCAGACCGGGAAGGCUGGCUCCUUAAGCUGGGGGGCCGGGUGAAGACCUGGAAACGGCGCUGGUUUAUCCUCACUGACAACUGCCUCUACUAUUUUGAGUAUACAACGGACAAGGAGCCUCGAGGAAUCAUCCCCCUGGAGAACCUGAGCAUCCGAGAGGUGGAUGAUCCCCGGAAACCAAACUGCUUUGAACUUUACAUCCCUAACAACAAGGGGCAGCUCAUCAAAGCCUGCAAAACAGAGGCGGAUGGCCGGGUGGUUGAGGGGAACCACAUGGUGUACCGGAUCUCCGCCCCCACGCAGGAGGAGAAGGAUGAGUGGAUCAAGUCUAUCCAGGCAGCUGUGAGUGUGGAUCCCUUCUAUGAGAUGCUGGCAGCAAGGAAGAAGCGAAUUUCUGUCAAGAAGAAGCAGGAGCAGCCCUGACCCUCUGCCCCCACCCCAUUAUUUAUUAGGGAGCUGCCCCGCCUGGGUGGCCGGACCCCUGGGCUCUGGGGCUACAGAUCCUGGUUUCCCCAUCUGGAAAAGUCAUCACCUUUCGCUCCUCUCCUUUGUAAUUAACAUGCGGUUGGUAAUCUUAUUAAUUAUUUGACCACUGGUGACCUGUGUACCCUCUC